AUGGUAUCUUCUACAUCUUUUUCACAAAAUCUGUCAUCUCCCAGAAGUUCAAUACAAACAACUAGUUCCUCAGUUGCAUCUAGUAAUGUUUUUGUCAUUAAUGCUCUUGAAAAAAUUGCUUCAGCAAAAGAAUCAAGACGUAAUAAACCUUUAAAAGAAGCAGUAGAUACUGCUUUAAAAAUGUUGAAGGAUAAUGAACCAGUACCUGAAGGGCAAACUCGUUCAGCUAUCAUUUUAACUGCACUUCAAACAGCUAUUGAUACUCGUUCAGUCAACUUGAUGACAAUUGCACUCGAUUGUCUUGGCAAAUUUAUAACUUAUAAUUAUGUUGCUGAUAUGGAAAAUGAAGUAGCGCAAUCUCAAGUCAUGGAGAAAGUUGUAAAUGGUAUUUGUGAUUGUUUUAUUGGAGAAGAAACAGACAAAAAAGUUCAAUUACAGAUUAUUAAAGCACUUUUGGAUGCAGUCUAUUCAACAAGUAAUCCACUUCAUUUAUCAGCCCUAUUAAAAGCAGUCAGAACAACUUAUAAUAUCUUUCUACUUUCUCGUAAUAAUGAUAACCAAAAUGUUGCCCAGAUCACGAUGACUCAAAUGGUUGAUCAUAUCUUUAGACGAGUGAAAUUAAAUCCUAAUGUUCAGGUAAUGCAAAAGGAUAAUACAGAAUCGAGUCAAGAAGAUAAUAAUAGGAUGACAGAAGAAGAAGGAAAGGAAAAAGAAGAAGAUAGUGACGAGAAAGAUAGAGAUGAACAACCUACAACAGAUAAAGAGACUGUAACUACAAUAACAGCAACAAAUGCACCACAUGAAACAGAAGCCGAAUCAGCAUCCUAUCAACAACAAAUCAUUGUAGAAGCCAACAUGGCUCGUACAGAAAUGAAUCAUAAACUUCCUACUGGAAAAUCGAAAGAUAAUUAUGAAGAUUUCUUAAACGAUACAGCCAAUGUUUUUCAAGAAGAAAAUCAUGAUUCCUCUACUACAUUAAACAAAAAUAAUCUUACUACUACUACUGCUACUACUACACUGUCUAACGAGGCAUCUGGUAUUUCAGAAGGCAAAAAUUCAUUUGAAAACGAAGGCAUUCAAAAGGGAGAAUCAGAAACAGAAGCUGACCUUUAUAUUAAAGAUGCUAUUCUAGUCUUUAGGGCUUUAUGUAAACUUUCUAAGAAAUCUAUUCAAUCUGAAUGGGGAAAUGAUAUGAGAUCUUAUUCUAUGCGAUCAAAAUUACUUUCUUUACACUUAAUUUUGACUAUUAUGAUGUCUCACAUUGAUGUGUUUACUUCAGAGGACGUUUAUUUCUCUGCUGCCGUGAAGGAUCCCAGUGGACAUAAGGCAAAUCCUUUUAUUUUAGAAGUGAAGCAGUACUUAUGUCCUAGUCUAGGUCGAAACGCCUUUUCUGUUGUUCCUCAAGUAUUUGAUAUCACUCAUGAAAUUUUAUGGCGUGUCGUUCAAGGUUUGCGUAUGUAUUUGAAGAACGAAAUUGAAAUCUUCUUGAAGGAGAUUGUAUUGCGUAUUUUAGAAAUGCGUAAUGCAUCAAAUCAACAAAAGCAUUCACUAUUAAAAGGCGUAUUACGUAUCUGUGAGGAUCCUCAAACAUUAGUUGAUAUUUAUUUAAAUUAUGAUUGCGAUCGACAAGCGCUUGAUAAUAUUUAUGAACGAUUAGUGAAUGUAUUAUCUAAAGUCACUACCUCUCAUAAUCAACCAACAACAAAUAGUAAAGAGUAUGACAGCCAUCCUAUCACUUCAUCUAAUAUUCAUAUAGGUCUUCACAAUCAUUCAGUUGUUAUCCCACCUCCUUUGACAACAGCUACUAUCUUACAUACGGAUAAACAGAACUCUCAAUUAGCUAUGCCUGAAUCUGCUAUUCGCUUUAAAUCUUUAGAGUGUUUGAUUGCUGUCCUACGUUCUUUAGUCGCUUGGUAUACUAAUAAUUCUGUCAGUAUUACGGCAAGUGAUGAAUCCAAAAGAGAUGAAGAUACUCCACGGGCAAGUGAAGACCAAUCGUUACAUUCUAUUACAACUCAUUCUAAUACCUCUACUUCACGACUCAAUUCUCCUGCCACAAAUGGUUCAAGUACUGCUCUUAAUUAUAGUAACUCUUCUCGUUUAGAUGACCCUGAAGAAUUUGAAAAUUUAAAACAUCAUAAGCAAUUACUUCAAGAGGGUAUUCGUCAAUUCAAUUGGAAGCCAAAGAAAGGCCUUACUAUACUUGCUAAGAAUGGUUUCUUAAACUUACAAGAUCCUCAUAGUGUUGCUAAAUUCUUAUUAACCACAGAGGGUUUAAACAAAACUUUGAUCGGUGAAUACUUGGGUGAAGGUGAUGCAGAAAAUAUUGCUAUUAUGCAUGCAUUUGUUGAUGAAAUGGAUUUCUCAAAUAUGAAGUUUACAGAGGCAUUGCGAUUUUUCCUCCAAGCCUUCCGUUUACCUGGUGAAGGUCAAAAGAUUGAUCGAUUCAUGUUGAAAUUUGCUGAAAGAUAUGUUCAUGGCAAUGCGGGUGUCUUUGCUAACGCAGUUAUUAUGUUAAAUACAGAUCUUCAUAGCCCUCACGUCAAGAAUAGAAUGACAUUGGAAGAUUUUAUUAAAAAUAACCGUGGCAUUGAUGAUGGGGCUGAUAUUCCUCGUGAAUUUUUGGAAGCUGUUUUUGAUGAAAUUCAAAAGGAUGAGAUUAAAAUGAAAGAUGAAGUAGAAGCAGCUAAUGAAGCAGCUUUGGUCUCAGCAUCUGGUGCAAAUGGUGUUUUAGGUAUUAGUGGCUUACAAAGCGCCUUAGUGAGUGCUGGUAUUGCCCGUGAUGUUCGUCGAGAGGCCUAUCAAGCGGUCACAGAAGAAAUGGGAUCUAAAACAGAGGCUAUGUUUCGUAAUAUGCUUGCGAGUCGUCGUCGUGCAGAAGGAAAUGAUACGAUUACUUUCUAUAGUGCAUCCCAUGUUGAGCAUGUACGUCCUAUGUUUGAAAUUGCUUGGAUGGCAUUUUUAGCUGGCAUUUCUGGUCCACUUCAAGAAUCAGAUGAUCUGGCUACCGUUAAUCUUUGUCUUGACGGCUUUAAGAAUGCUAUUCGAAUUAUUUGUCUAUUUCAUACUGUUCAAUCUGAAGAUGUUGAUCUUCAACGUGAUGCCUUUAUUACCACACUUACCAAGUUUACUUUCUUGACAAACUUGAAUGAGAUGAAACCAAAGAAUGUAGAAGCCAUUAGAACCCUAUUAGAAGUAGCAGCUGUGGAUGGUAAUUACUUGAAAGGUUCUUGGAAGGAAAUUUUGUCCACUGUUAGUCAGUUGGAAAGAUUUCAACUAAUUACAAGUGGUCUAGACGAAGGAAAUGGACCUAUAAUGGAUAUUAAUAGACGAUCUACUAAUUCCCCUAUAAAAGCUUCUAUGGAAAUGGGGCGUCGUACUUCUACUAUCAAUGGUCGAGCUCGUGUUACAAGUCCUAAUCGUUCCAAUACUCAAUUAUCCUUGACUGAAGAAGUUGCAUCUGCUAGUUCAUCACAAUCUCUUGUCGUUGCUGUCGAUCGUUUAUUUACUUCUACAGUUAAUUUGAAUGGCGAAGCUAUCGUUGAUUUUGUACGCGCUCUUUGUGAAACAUCUUGGGAAGAAAUUGUGUCCUCUGCUCAUAUGGAACAUCCACGUAUGUACAGCUUGCAAAAACUGGUUGAAAUUUCUUACUAUAAUAUGAAUCGUAUUCGUAUGGAAUGGUCCAACAUUUGGGCUAUCCUUGGAGAAUACUAUAAUAAAGUAGGUUGUCAAUCCAACUUUAAUGUAGCUUUCUUUGCAUUGGAUUCGCUACGUCAAUUAGCUAUGAAGUUUUUAGAAAAGGAAGAAUUACCCCAUUUCAAGUUCCAAAAGGAUUUCUUAAUGCCCUUCCGUGAAGUCCUUGCUAACAACCCUGACGUGACUAUCAAAGAUAUGGUCUUGCGCUGUCUUCAACAAAUGAUUCAAGCUAGACCGCAUCAUUUGAGAUCAGGUUGGAAAACGAUGCUCUCUGUUUUUGCUACGGGCGCUUGUGAAUCAUCUGAAUCAAUUGUUCAUAUGACAUUUGAUAUUGUUCGUGGAGUUACUAACGAACGCUUUGGUGAUAUCGUUGCUAAUGGCACCUUUCCCGACUAUAUAUCUUGUCUUGUUGAAUUUGCUAAAAAUCAAAAAUUCCAAAAGAUUAGUUUACCUGCCUUAGAUAUGAUCAAGAAUACGAUUCCAAAAAUGAUUGAAAUUGCAAACAAGACGGUACCUUUAGAAAUUAAUGAUGCGCAUGCCUUAACUGCCUCUACACUACCAGCCUCUGGUGAUGACUUUUUAAUCAAAUUUUGGUUUGCUGUUCUUUACGGGUUAAAAGAAGUUAUAAUGCAAAGUGACGAUGUAGAGGUUCGUAAGCGAGCACUUGUUUAUUUAUUUGAAACAUUAAAAAGACACGGUUCAUCAUUCACACCUGAAUUUUGGACAACUAUUACACGACAAAUUGUAUUCCCACUAUUUGACGACCUCAAAAGUGAAGGAACAAAACGUAAGAUGACACCAGAGGAUUUAAGUGUUUGGUUAUCAACUACGAUGAUUGAAGCGCUUCGUAAUGUUGUUGAUUUAUAUACAUUUUAUUUUGAUAAUAUGAAAGAUAUGAUGAGUCAUGUAUUGGGCCUUUUCAGUGUUUGUAUUACUCAGGAUAAUGAUACACUUGCACAUAUUGGCUGUGAAUGCCUUGAUCAAUAUAUUGAAGCAAAUGUUGAAAAAUUUGAUAAUCACUGCUGGGACUUGGUGACAGAGACAUUUGAAAAUUUAUUUGAAAAGACAACAGCAUAUGGACUAUUUAAUGGUACACAGGAUUUGGUGGAAAGAAUGAAAGCAGUCUCAUCAAGCGAAGCUUCAGGGCAACAAGAUGAUACAGCUAAUAAUUUUGAAAUAAGUGAGGAACGACAAAGAAACUUCCAGCAAGUGAUCAUUAAAUGUGUAUUACAGCUUAUGUUAAUUCAAACUGUUACUGAUUUGUUAGCUAAGGAUAAUGUCUAUAGUACAUAUCCAGCUUCUCACCUUAUGUCCUUAAUGGGUUGUUUAGGCCGAUCUUUCCACUUUGCUAAAAGAUUUAAUAUGGAUAAUGAUCUUAGGAUGGCACUUUUUAGAUUUGGCUUUAUGAAACAACUUCCUAACUUGUUAAAACAAGAAACUUCCAGUGGUGGAUGUUAUGUAUCUGUAUUAAUGAGAAUGUACGCCAACCUAGAGAAUAUUCAUGAUCGCGAUGAUAAACGAGAAGAAAUUGAAAAGAUUUUGAUACCACUUUGUAAUGAGAUUUUCGUACUCUAUGCUGAACUUGAUCAUGAAACAAAACCAAAAAAUAUCGCAGCUUGGACUCCUGUCGUUGUUAAUAUUCUAAAUGGUUUAGCGCAACUACAAGAUGAAGAUUUUCUGAAACACGUACCUCGAUUCUAUCUCCCAUCUAUUGAGCUUUUAGGUCAAGAAAGUUUAUUACCUGAAAUUCGUAUGGCUUUACGAAAUUUGUUAGUUCGUGUAGGAACUGCAUAUAAUAUAACAAUUAAAAAGUAG